AUGGCUGCAAAACCGUUCGACGAGAUGGAGGUGAACUGGAUCACCCAGCCGGACCCAAUUGGUGUGGCCACCCUGGGUGUGACCAUUUGCCUCGGCGCCAUCUCCCUGAUCGUUGUCAUCCUUCGUGUCUGGGCUCGUCAGAACACGGGCGCUCUUGGACUUGACGACUUUCUCAUGAUAGUCGGGUUGUGGCUAGUCUUCUUCCAAAUCACCUACGCCUGGAGUUUGCCGUUCAUCAAAGCCAGCAUCUGCUUCACCGUUUUCCGGAUCACAAACAGGAAGAGGUACCGCGUCAUUCUCUGGACUGCCAUGAUCGCGUCGAUCCUCAGCACCACGAUUGGUUUCAUCGCUGUCAUAGCCGUCUGCAGGCCCGUCAGUUACACUUGGGACAAGUCUCUUGACGGGUCCUGCGCACCGACCAACAUUAUCACCAGUAUCAGCUAUCUGAUUUCGGUGAUGGCGAUCAUCACUGACUGGACUUGCGCUAUCGUGCCGACUGUGGUUUACUACAACGUUGUAGACGAUUACUUGCACAACAUUGCGAACAUCGUCAUCUGGUCAAUCUUUGAAUGCGGUAUCGGCAUCAUCGCAGGCUCAUUGCCAUCCCUCCGAGGACUCCUCAAGUUCUGGCUUGACAAGUCUUCGAAGGGCUCGUACAACAACACCGGUUCAACCCCCUUGCAUGGAGACUCUGGGUACCAGGGAAGCAAUGGAGUUAAGUUGAACAACCUUAGUGGACGGGCGAUGACGGUGUCGAACUGCCAGACGGGUAACCGAGACAACUGGGUACAGCUGAAUGAUGACGACAACAGCCAGAAGCACAUCAUCAUGAAGACGCAAGAGGUAUCUGUUCAGAUUGAGAUGGACAACCAAAAAAGACACAGAUAA